AGCUCGGGUCUGGGGAGAGGAGGAGGUACCCUAUGGUUUUCCUUUGCGGGGUCUAUUUUGUCAGCUCCAGACCUUCUCGUGCUUUAUCUUUUUCUGUUUUUUUUGUUGUGACCGAAGGCCUUCAACUUAUCCGGACGGUCCCUCCCCACUCGCAAGGGAGGGUGAGUUUGCUGACCUUGGGGGAAAAAAGUAGUCAGUUCGUGGGUGAGAAAGAUGUGGUGCCACCUGCUCACCUCACCAUGGUGGGACAUGUUCACUAAGCAGACAUCGGCUUUAACUUGAGAAGCCCCUUCUCUGAUGGAAUAGGACAUUUGGUGGGAACAUGUUAAGUCAGUCAUUUUACAUCUCCGUUCCAGGAUUUCAUGGACUGCCUUUUGGGAUCUUUGAGCGGAAUCUAGCUUGAUUAAGUGACUCUACGUGUCCUAUUUAAGGUCUUGUCUUUGGGAUAUUACAUGUCUACCUUGGAUUUAACCCACUGAAAACACUCUUGGAUAUUACGGAGAGUCUCCUUGAGGGUGUUUUCGUUCAAGUGGAGGCUCAACAGCGUCAGUGUCUGAUCCUUGCAGAGUUUGAUUGCUUGCAAGAGGUGGGUUUAUUUGGAUGUUUCCCAUGAAGGACAUGGAUGGCCCUCGAUCAAGUGGCCUCCGGAAGAAGAGGAAGUCAAGGUCGGAGAGGGAUCGGGGGAGGAGAUCAAAUGGGAUAAGGAGCAACCGUGUUAAAGGCUCAGUGUUUCGCCUCUCCUCUGACUCAGAGCGGGAGGGUGAAAGAGAGCCCUCCUCAUCUCGCCCUCGACCCCCGCGAAGAAAACGAAAGGAUUCUACUUCUGCUGAAGAGGACAUCAUUGAUGGCUUCUCUAUCACAGGCUUCGUGACCCUGGAGGCUCUCGAGAAAAACAUGACGUUGAAGCCACAGAAAAGCAGAGACCACCAGGCAGGGCCCCUGCACAAGAAAAAACCUGCCAGAGUCCCCAAUGGCCUGAGCCUGGAGCCCUGCAAGAAUAAUUACCACCACCACCAGUCAUCGGACCAGGAGAACAACCCCCGCUUGGCACACACACAAGGCAAGAGGAAGAAGAAACACCGGAACAAGAAGCGCAAAAUGCUGAAACCUGGGCAGAACAACUGCAAGGACAGUGACAGUGAAAGUGUGAGUGGAGAGUCCAAACCUUCCAUCAGGAGCAGCUCCAGAGACAGAGUGACGGACUGUGACACCGAGAGUGACCAAGAUGACAAGGUUUCCGAUGCCAGUUCAGAGAAAUUUUUCAGCACAGCCGCAGUUAAAGUUCCAGAUUUUGGCCUUGAUGUGCUCUCCACCAAUGGCAGCCAGGAGCCUAACGGCCCAGGCCUCCUCAAGGUGUCAGGCCUAGAGCGGAGUCAGGAAAGGAGCCAGGAGAGUUGCAGAGAACCCCAACCCCCUACACCCAGCACCCCCAAUCCACCACUGGCUUCCCAAGCCCUCCCUCUACCACAGCCCCAGGCUUCUGUCUCCCAGGCCUCAUCCCCUCGUCGGACACAAACAAACAGAGUUGCCCAGGCUCCACCUUCAACCCACUUGCUUCCACACCCAGAGGCUCUACCCAGGCCUCAAACCCCCGCAGCCCUGCCUCUUGCACAGGGCCAAGAGCCCUCGCCAACCCCCCCUCCCCGGCUGCAGCACCAGCCUGAACAGCUGCCUCACAGCAGGCCUCAACCUACACCAAACCCUCACCCACACCCACCAUCUCCUGCCCUCCCGACCCACAACCCUCACCAACAGCACCCUAGUCAGGCAGGGCCUCACCGGCCCCCAUCACGCUGCCAGACCCGGCCUCUUUCUGCUUACAACGGCCUCAACGUCAACGGUCACAGCAGCAGCAGGAGUAGCACCCCUGGUACCAAGGUCCACGGGCCCUCUGCUCCAUCCUUGCACCUUCCCCACCACCACCCGCCUGUGGCAGCAGCGGCCUCUACCUUCCCCCUGCCUCUGGCCGCUAACCAGAGCACCCCCCACAGCUUCCCCUCUGCCUUGCAGUCCUCGCCUCACCCACAUCACCCCAAUAUGUUUGCGCCUCCAGCAGCAUUGCCUCCACCACCACCACUGACGUCUAGCACAUUGCCAGUACCUGGACAUCCUGCUGCUGGGAGUGCCUACUCAGAGCAAGAUCUUCUUCGCCAGGAGCUCAACACCCGUUUCCUAGCCUCCCAGAGCGCGGACCGCGGUGCCUCUCUGGGCCCCCCGCCCUACCUGCGCACCGAGUUCCACCAGCACCAACAUCAGCACCAGCAUCAGCACCAACACACCCACCAGCACACGCACCAGCACACCUUCACGCCCUUCCCCCACGCCAUCAUGCCCACCCCAGCACCGCCCAUGGUGCGUACCCCUGCCAGAAAUUUUGACAAAUACCCAACAAAAGUUGACCCCUUCUACAGACACAGUCUCUUCCACUCCUACCCACCAGCCAUGUCUGGCCUUCCCCCCGUCAUUCCCCCCACCGGGCCCUUCAGCUCGCUGCAGGGCGCCUUCCAGCCUAAGACGUCUAAUCCGCUGGAUGUGUCCACCAGACCUGGAGCCGUCCCACACACUUUCUUACAGAAAGACCCCAGGCUAACGGAUCCAUUUCGGCCAAUUCUUAGGAAACCAGGGAAGUGGUGCGCCAUGCAUGUCCACAUCGCCUGGCAGAUAUACCACCACCAACAGAAAGUAAAGCAGAUGCAGGUCGACCCUCACAAGCUAGACUUCGGACUCAAGCCUGAGUUCCUGAGUCGACCCCCCGGCCCCAGCCUGUUUGGCGCCAUCCAUCACCCCAGCGACUUGGCACGGCCCGCCACGCUCUUCUCUGCUGCAGGUCCUGCACACCCAUCAGCUGCUCCCUUCGGCCAUCCACCCCACCAUCAUGGAAACUUUCUCACCCCAGCAUCACAUUUAGAGCCUUUCGGUAGGCCGUCAUCCUUUGGAGGACUGGGGUCUCUUAGUUCUUCUGCCUUUGGUGGACUGGGAAAUCCAGCACUAAAAUCCCUAACAGCGGCCAACUCCAUGUUUGGCCAUAAAGAUGGCCCCAAUGCACAGCAGCACUUCAACAGCAGCAGUAAUAACAGUCACCAGGAGCCGUGGAACCGCCUGCACCGUACACCACCCUCCUUCCCAACACCGCCCCCCUGGAUGAAACCCGGAGACUCUGAGAGAAGCGCCUCCGUCAGCUCUCAUGAGAGGGAGCGAGACUCAGAAAAACGCGACACAUUGGUCAGUAAAGACGACAAAGACAGGGACUCUGCAGAAAAACGUCAUUCAAGCCAUCCGUCCCCAGUCCCUAUCAACCUCCAUGGCCACAGCCGGCCCCCAGAGCACCACAGGAACCACCUUCCUCCUACUGCUGGAGAGGCUCCGAGGGACAAGGAGAACAAGGCCAAAGACAGGGACAGGGAGCAUUCAGACUCUUGGAAAGACAGCGGUACAGAUGACCACAAGCUCAAAGACAACCAGCACAAUGACAAGGACACACCUGUUAUCCAUGAUGGUCGAGUGUCAGAGGACAAAGUUUCCAACAGAGGAACGACGUCGCCUUAUGUCCGGCAGGCCAGUCUGGAGCGUCCCAAUGGUGGUCUAAACAGAGAGGUCCUAGAGAAGAAGGUAGAGCUUUCUUAUGAUCACCAGAAGAAAAACAGUGAGGUGAAAGUGAAGGAGGAGAGGAAAGAGGAGCAAGAUGGAGCCACAGAAAGGGCAAGUGAGCACCCAACACAAGCAUCGUUGACACCAAACCUCCACCCCCCCUCCUCAAUGCCUGUGCCCAUGGGCAUGGCCGGAGUCCAUCCCAUUAACGGCAUUAGCGGUCUAGAGAGAACUCGCGUUGUGGCACCUUUCAUGGGUAUCAGCCCCAUCCCAGGAGCUGAGAGGUUCCCUUAUCCCGCCUUUCAUUGGGACCCAAUGAGGGACCCUUACAGGGGUCUUGACAUUCACAGACGGGACCCUUUGGCCAGGGACCUGUUGCUGAGAACUGAUCCUCUUCACCGUCUUGCAGCACCUCGCCUCUAUGAGGCCGAGCGCUCCUACAGGGACCGUGAACCUCACGACUUUAACCGUGAACACCCCCACCCUCUGGCCCUUGAGCAGAGAAGGGAACAGGAGCGUGCCCAGCUGGAAGAGCGUGACCGCCUCAACAUGCUCAGAGAAGACUAUGAGCACGGUCGCCUCCAACCCCCAAUGCACCAUCCCACCCUGGAUGGACACCUUCCCCACCCUGCCCCAGCCCUUAUGGCCCCUGGACUCCCAGGCAUGCACUACUCCAGGGUUAGCCCCUCGACUGCAGCGGUGGCAGCUGCUGCAGCCCACCAGAACAACAUCCUGAACAAAACUCCACCCACUGCAUCUUUGAGUGCUCCACCCCCCCUUAUCCCCACAUUGGGCGCCCGGCCCGGCUCACCCAGACGGACUACUCCCCUGGCCACUGAUAUCAGAGACAGACCGCCUCACAAAGACAUCGAGGCACGGUGAGCUGGACCUCAGCAGACUCUGUGCCCCCUGCAGCCCUGUGCCUCACCAACACUGAACUCACACCAAGCACUUAGCUCUGGACAAAGCAAAACUGUAACAUAGCUGUGAAUAAUUUAUGUGGGUAGAAACAUGCCUACACAAUGAAUUGUUUUUGUAUAAAACAACAAAAAGAUAAUCUUUUUUCCUCUAUUUGCUCCAGCUUUUUGUGUGCAUUCUUUCUCUUGUAUAGUAAAGUAAUGUGGAGUAAGACUAAAUAACUUGGGAAUGUACAGGUACUUUAAGCACUGACAGAUGUGUAGAUAACGUGUACAGUCGCUGUGCUCACUCUGUAUGGAUUUAAAAAUCAUGGUACAAAAAUAUGCAAAAGAGUGUUUUGAAAGCUUUACUUUGAAUAAAUGUAAUAUAGGAGUAUUAAGGCUGUGAUUCAGAAUGUGCUUUUUUGCAAUUUGUUUUAUUUUUGACACAAGUGAUUAGCAUGUGCCAGAGACCCCCAUAUUCAACUAUGCAACAAAUGUCUGGGUUCCCUUUCUGAAAGCUGGCCUACUCAGCACUGCUGACUGUGCACCAAUAAAGGACAACAAGGCUGCAAUCUCUCCACAACUCAAAGUACGCCUACAGAUACGAGCUUUAACUGACACAUACAGGGUUUGACUUAACAAAUAAAAAUCUUUCUGGAAACAUUACUAUCACAUGAUGAAUUGUAGUGACAAUCUAGAUAAAAGUAUUGAAUUUAAAUGGAUUUUUAAUGUAAAAAGCCAGCAGUACAAAUGUUAAUUCUUCCUGCUAACCACCAGUCUUGUUUUGGGGAGAGUGCAGCCCAUUAAACACCAUGACAGCACAUUAGCCCUACUGAAGGAGUGUAAAGUACAUGUUUUGGAAAUGAAUUCUGUUGGUGAAACAGUGUAUUAAAGUGCUUUCCUAAGUUGUUGUACCUACAAAAAUCAAAAGAAAAAAAAAAAGCAAGUCUCAACUAUGGGCAGUUUGUUUCUAACUUGCAGAGAUCUAUUUUAGUAGUCUACUGAAGGUUUAGUUGUGCGCUUCAAACUCUGUGAUAUCAUGUUGUGCAGUGUUUUUUAAUCCAACAUUAAAAUGUUCACCAGAGCCAUAGUGGUUAGUCAAUGCGUAUUGCAAAAAGAUUGUUAAGAGAAAUGUUUUGCUGUUUACCAUGUACAGGAGGAAAAAAAAGGCUUUCUAGAUCAUGUACAAAAAUGAGAAAAAAAUGAAGCGACUGAAUCUUCAGCAUGCUCCUCAUUUAAAAUUGUGUUAUGUAAAUUGUGCCAUGUUAUUAAAAAAUGUGUACUAA